AUGCAAAGCAAUGCCCAAAAAAAUGCAAAAGGAAAAGAUUUCUGUGACAAAUAUGGGGAAUUGGUUGCUGAAAGAUUGAAACAGUUUGAUGAGAGAACUAGGGACAUUGCAAUAAAUCGAAUUGAUAACCUUCUUUUUGAAAUGAAAAUGAAUUUGAAUAUGCCACUACAUUAUCAGCCGUUCAUGCCUACUAAUAAUCAAAAUGUAACUGUUUUAACUUCUGUGAACCCGCAAUGUAGUCCAUUAUCAUCGCCUUCUGAAGCAUCGUUUAGUAGUCCACAAUCUUCUACCAACUUUGCCACUGGACUUUCCCAACCACCAUCACCUUAUCAAAGUUCUGCGACGUUUCAAGAAACUCAACAAUGUUCCCCAUCUGAUGAGUCACAAUUUGAAAGUUUGAAGUAG